GUGCUUGAGGCAGCAGUGGCCCUGGGCUUCUUCCAGUGCCUGGAGAGUGACUUGAUCCACCGUAUUUUCGCUCUGCCCUUCAUGGAGCGCCUGGAUCGUGAGCUGACCGGAUUUGUUGGGAGCGAGUACUCGGAUCGCCAUGUGCGGGAGGUGCUGGCCAUGCUCAACCGCAUAACCUGCUUGGACUUUCCGGAAGAGCACGUGCCAUGGUUCCAUGACCAAUUCUACGCAACACGAGCCUUAAACACUCGAAGACAUUUCACUACCCUGCAAGGAGACGUUCAAGACAACCUGACGCACGUCCUAGGCGGAAGCCAGUUUGUGCAGUGCCAUGUAUUUGCACCCUACAGCUACCACCUUCAGCUGUGUUGUGAGCUGGACGCUUCAAAGGCACCUGUCCCACUCAACAGCAGCAGCGGGGAACACCGCAAGGUGCCGCAUAGCCAAGCUCCAGCAGUCUCACGUACAGCUCACAAAAGGAUCGCUGUCCUCGUGCUGGGAGAGAAGAGCUUUUGCGACAACUACCCUCAGAUUACGGGUUACCAGCAACUUAAAAUAAGGCACCUCGAGAUCCUCGGUUAUCAGCUGGUUCUGGUGCCGUUUUACGAGUGGAACUCAAUGAAGUUGGCUGAGCCAAGUGCCAAGCAAGACUACCUCCGUGGCAAGAUCUUUGGCAUCAGCUAGUGAAUAGCCACAGAGCUCUGUGAAUAGAAAUCUAUUGUGUAAUUUAUUUUUGUAAACAACAAAUAGUGAAGUAUAUAACAUAGCACGACUAACAUGUACUCCUUCAUGAAGUCAUUAUCUUCUAAUAGCAUUUUACACCACCAAACAUGCUGCAGAGGCACUUUAAAGGUUGCCACAAUUCCAUCUGCUGGACAUACACAAAAAGAAGAAAAAAAAACGACCUCUGCACCUCCC